AUGGCGACGGUGGCUCAGACGCUGCAGAGCUCGGGCCCGGCCGCGUCCCUGGAGGACCAGACACUCCUCAUCUUUGCGCGGCUGAUGGAGGGCGGCCAAGAGGAUGAAGAGACGUGUAGAGACCUGGAUGAGCUGACCAAGCUGCUCAACGACGAUGCCGGUGCCCAGCAGAAGAACAAGGACCACAAGUCCAUCUGCGAGCUCAUCGACAGUGACUGCGUCGACACGAUUCUGUGCUAUCUUGAUAUGCGCCAGCCCGAGGUUGUCCGCGGCCAUGCCACCCUGACCACAUCGGCCUAUCUAAGAGCUGCCAACGAGCAGGGCUCCAAGAAGCUGUCUGAUUUUUUCUUUGAGCGGGUCAAGAGAGGCACAUAUGAUGACUACAUCGUGGCCUUUUGCGUUGCGGCCGCCAUCUUCCCCAUCGUUCCGGAUCUCUCCGCCGAGCUUUUUCUCAACGAAGGCUUUCUCGUUUCACUGGGCCCUCUGAUGAGGAGGAAGUGGAAGAGCCGAAAGGUUGAAACGGCGUGCUUGGAAAUGCUCAACGCUUCAUGUAUGAACUCUGCGUGUCGAGAGGCCAUUCAAAAGUACUGCGUCGAGUGGCUCGAGGAGGUGGUUGACCAGGAUCUGGAUGGAGAAGUUCUCAGUAUGAAUGCAGACCCCAACGUUCACAGCGAGGGCGGCUCCAUCAACAUGAGGAAGCAUUCCGAGCAGGUCCAGCACUUGGCCGCUGUCAUUUUGGCCAAACUCAGGGUUGUGCCCUCGAACCCAUCAGCGAAUGACCCGAAUCAACCUAGGGUCGAGGCGGCGGUAACGAGCAUUGAAGAUUUAUCCGGCAUGUUUACCAAGAUGAUUAUGCGUGACGAGGAUCACGGAAGGCAGCAUUCUAUAGAAGGCCUUGCCUAUGCAUCCCUACGGCCAAAGGUUAAGGAAUCCAUCGUUAGCAACCCUGAACUACUCAAGAAACUCGUCACAACACUCAAGGAUGCACCACCUCGGUCUCCAAUGACAUAUGGAGCUCUUAGCAUCUUUCUCAACCUGACUCGAUAUCGACCUUCCCUUACUGAAGAGGAGAAGAAGAUGUCUCAACUCAAGGCUUAUGCAGACGCGGCCGGCAAGUUGGCUCCGCCAGACGCUCUGGAUGACGAUGAGCACGUCGCCAAGAGAUGCAAAGCCGUCUUUGACGCCGGCCUCACACCCGUUCUUGUUACGCACAGUAAGAACGGAUCACCAGCAUCACUAUCUAUCAUUGUAUCCAUCAUUCACUCAUUCGCCAUGACACAGGCACUUCGUGCCCCCUUGGCUCAGCGGGGAGCCCUUAAUCUGCUACUGGCCGCAUGGACGACCCUUCCAGAAACCGAAGCGACUGGCCGUCGCAUGGCCGCCCAAGCAAUUGCCCGCAUCCUCAUCAGCACCAAUCCUAUGCUUGUCUUUGGUGGCAAUCGUUCCAACUCAGCCAUUGCUACUAUCCGACCUCUGGCCUUCAUUUUACCGCCUGAUCCAGCAGCUGACAGACGAGACUUACUUCCCACGUUUGAGGCGCUCAUGGCACUUACCAACUUGGCUUCGAUGGAAGACGAAGAUGUUCCUCGUUCUAUUAUUAGUAUCGCAUGGGGUCAGAUUGAGGAGCAGAUGUUGUCUUCCAACGACCGCGUCUCUCAAGCGGCUGUUGAGCUGGUGUGUAAUCUGAUGCAAGCACCGGAGGGCAUAGCGCUAUAUGCGGAUGGCAAUCCACAAGCCAAGAAUCGAAUCCAUAUACUCCUAGCAUUGGCAGAUGCCGAAGAUGCAGGUACGCGCAGUGCAGCAGGUGGUGCUCUGGCUUCCUUGACAGGCUAUGAGAGUGUAGCGAAGCUGGUAUUACAGAGAGAAGGGGGCAUCAAGGUUAUCCUAGGCAUGUGCACAGAUGAGGAUGAAGGGCUACGGCAUAGAGGUGUAGUUACGCUCUACAACAUGGUCGCUGGAGAUGUCGAAGUCUGCCAGCUCGCGCGGGAAAAGGUCAAGGAGGCGGAUGGAAUCGAGGCAUUGAAGCAAUCUCUUAAGCUGAGUAGGAGGCCGGAGGUUCUGCAGCUUACGGUUGAGACAUUGAAGGCGCUUUUAGGACAAGAGUAG